AUGAGGGGCAGGGUGCUGGCGCUGGCCCUGCUGGCUCUCCUGAUGGCGGCACAUGAAGGAAAGGGCCAAGGAAACACCGUGAAGCUCUGCGGGAGAGACUUCAUCAGAGCCGUCAUCUUCACCUGCGGCGGCUCUCGGUGGAAAAGGCAUUUGACCGAUUAUCGCUACCUGUUUGAGAGUGAAAAUCCCCUGCCUUUUUCGCAAGAGAACAAUGGUUAUGCCGACUUCUCAACCUACCCAGCCCAGAGGUUGGAGACCGAGAGCGAAGAAAUCCACAACGCCAAGCCCGAGACAGAGCAAGACUUGCAACGCGCCAGGAAAAUGUCUACGCUAAAAAAGCGCGAAGUAGCCAAGUCGCUUACCACAUCCUGCUGCAGCAUCGGCUGCAGCAAGAGAGAGAUCAGCUCCCUGUGCUAA